AUGACGCCCGCUCCGAUCCAUCAUUCGAUAUGCACCAUCUGCCGACUACGUUCAUUAGUGGCAGCCAAGCAAUAUGCCAGAGCUCGAACACCGACCUCACGAGACUGGACACGAUUGAGACAACCGACACUCGCGCGAUACUUGCACAGUUCUAGGACCAGCUUGCAGCAACAACAAAAGCCUACGAGACAAGAAGAGGACUCUGUGUCGAGUUCUACCAUCAAGCAAUCUACCGAACAAAACCAAGCAGUGGACAAGAGACUCCAAGCGGAACAGAUAGCGCGGCACGCAAAAGAAGACUUUGAGCUGGACGACAUAGAGACAGUUGCCACCGAAGAUGCAGAACCCCUCCCUGCAUCAGCAGCUCUAAAUGCCUCCCCCGAAGAUGUUGCUCGAGCAGCUCGUCAGCGAUUUGGAGAUGCGCUGCCGGAAAGUCUUCUGAGUGACGAGCAAUACACAGCAUACGAGCGUCUAUAUGGACCACCAGUUGGCAACACUAGAGAUGAGAUGGUCGAUUUCGAGGAGAAUGAGCUGGAAGGAGAAUUGGAUGAAAUAGACAAUGUUGGCACGGGUAUCUUGAAAGAGAAUGAAGAUGGUGUCCUUGAGGAGGUCGAAUACAUUGAAGAGGAGGAAGACUUCGAUGAUGAGGAGGGAAAAGAAUUGGCCGAGGAAGAUGCUGAUGAUGCGGAACUGGAUAUGGAUACCGCUACAGCAGGUCUCGAUGCUCAGACGAUCAACGACUUGGCCGCUCUGCGGUUGAACCCAGAGCAAGAGCUGUUUGAGGACUCGGAGGAACAACCUGCCGCGCCAUACGAUCAUACACGAGCACAUCCCUUGACCGUGGUCAACCGAUUUGGCACGCCUUCGUCUACCGUACAGCUAUCGGCUUCUUCAUUCGUCGAUCCUGUUACUCGCCUGGUGUCGGGUGUUCCAAACAAACACAUCUCUGAAGUUGCCCAUCGUAUUUUCGGUGGUGUCGGUCUACCCUACUCGACAUCGACUCCACAGCGCGCGGUGACCAUGCAGCAGAAACCUAUUCCCCUGAACCCUGGUCAAAGUAGAAUGAGCGACAUGGAUGCCGACAUUUUCACAACCACCCUUAUGCCCGGUAUCUACGCGAGCGUCUUCAGCGUUUUGGUGGAAACACGCAAACGUUUGGGCAGCUCAUGGUUGGAGGGCCUCCUGACCAAGGAGGGUGGACCCCGAAUCUUGGACGCUGGUGGUGCAGGUGUGGGUGUCAUGGCUGCAAGAGAUGUUCUUCAAGCAGAGUGGGAGCGCAUGCAUGACACAAGUGAAGACGAGGAUCCAUUCUUGGCCAUCGCAGAGGCUGGCGGCAAGACUGGUGGCGAGUCCAUUCCUGCACCCGUGGGCAAGGCCACUGUUUUGACUAGCAAUGAGGCAUUGCGCUUCCGGUCUAGCAAGCUUUUGGACAACACCACUUUCCUUCCUCGUCUGCCUGAUUACAUGCAUGCUAGUGAUGAGUCUGCCCGGGAGCGCGGCAAGUACGACAUCAUUAUCGCACCACACACUCUGUGGCCGCUGAAGGAAGACCAUAUUCGCAAACAGCACGUCAAGAACUUGUGGAGCUUACUCAGCACGGAUGGAGGCGUUCUGGUCCUGCUGGAGAAAGGUGUUCCUCGCGGCUUCGAGAUGGUCGCCGCAGCACGCGAGCUACUUCUCAAUUCUCGCAUCUCUUCUCCUGGCAACGAGGCCGUCUCUGAAGACGUCGAAGAUCCAGGAGAAGGCACAGUAUGGGGAAAGCAGCCAAAGGACAAGGGCAUGAUUGUGGCUCCCUGUACCAAUCACCUCGGCUGUCCGAUGUACGUCAACCGUGGUAUCAGCAAGGGCCGCAAGGACUUCUGCCACUUCAAGCAGCGCUACAUUCGACCUCCGUUCUUGCAGAAGAUCCUCGGAGCAAAGCACAGAAACCACGAGGACGUAGAGUUUUCGUAUAUCAGCGUCAUGAGAGGCCGUGACCUUCGUGACAAGGAUGAGGAAAACAUCAUCCAGGGUGAGGUUGCGACAGAUCGGGCGUUCAUCGGGUUUGAGAAUCCUCAAGCUGCGACUGAGCAGAUUGAAGAUGAGUUUGAUCCUACGGCGCCUGCAGUGCCCGACUUCGAGGGAGUGCCCGUGAGUGAGGGUUCCCACUCAUUGAGUCUGCCGCGUGUGGUGCUGCCUCCCNUGAAGCGUCAAGGUCAUGUUAUCAUUGACAUGUGCACACCAGCCGGCACACUCGAGCGUUGGACAGUACCUCGCAGCUUCUCCAAGCAAGCCUACCGUGAUGCACGCAAGAGCUCUUGGGGCGACAUCUGGGCUCUAGGAGCCAAGACCAGAACUCCUCGCAACGUGCGCGUUGGUAGAGGCAAGGAGGAACUCGGAGGAGUAGAAAAGAAGAAGAAGAGCAAGGCCAAGAACACAAUCGAGGUGGGCUAUGACUCGGCAGGUAAUAUCAAGGAGGAGGACAUCAAGGUCAAGACGGGUGGACGCAUGAGACAGGGUAAGAUCAAGGGCAUCAGAGACAAGCGUGACAAGAAGGCAGACGGACGAGGAAGAAGAAAGAAUCUGGACAAGGAGUAA